GAAAGUGAAGCCCCGACCGCCGAUGGUGCACAUGUUAUAACCGGCCAGUCGCAUUGCCCUCCUUUUAGGACAAACACUCAUACAUAGAAAGCUCCCAGAGCCCGGGAAAUCCACCUGACGUCAAAAGCGAUCCGCAUACGGACGUCGAGGAAGGCUCGUCGGCCGAUGUGCUCUCCACUCGUCAGACCUCGACAAGUGUUCACAGGCUUUAUUGUUCUUAAAUAAUAACGCUUCUGCCGAAGGUCGGAUUGACUUUCCAUUGAAUGUCGCUUGCUCGUUAGGCGCCUCACACGGUUCAAGUCAACUUGAAUACCACAACACCUCUCCACGAGACCAUGACAGCCUCGCCAAUCGCGCUACCUGCGACUGUAGAUGCCAGGACGGCAAUCUACUCAGUCUUUGGCUUUAUCAUCGUGUACCAAAUUCUCUCACGGCUAUACAAUGGCAUUCGCGACUAUCAACUCUCCACCUCGAAUGGUUGCCAGCCACCACCCACCUACCCGCACAAGGAUGGAGUGCUCGGUCUGCAUCACCUCCUCACGCUCAUAAAAGCCAAGAAAAUCAACCGGGUCCCCACAGCCUUCUGCGAGAUGUUUGAUGACACGGGAAGCAACGUCAACACGAUUGGCCACUACGUCCUCGGCAAGAAAUCAUACUGGACUCGAGAUGCGGACAACAUCAAAGCCAUCCUCCACAGCAGCUUCCAAGACUGGGGCCUGCCGCCCGCUCGCAAGGCCACCUUUGACGCCUGUCUUGGUGGUGGUAUCUUUGGCGUGGAUGGUGCUGAGUGGGAACACUCCCGCGCCAUGCUCAAGCCGAGCUUUAACAAGACGCAGAUGAGCGAUACGGCCACCCUCGAGAAGCACGCGCAAAAGUUGAUUACACGUAUCCCCGAUGGCGAAGAGGUUGACCUGGCCAACUUGUUCCCUCUUCUGACGAUGGACGUCGGCACGGAGAUGCUGUUUGGUGAGAGUGUCGACAGUUUGUCCAUCUCUGAACUGAAGCAGGCGACAGAAUUCACCCACUGCUUCGACUACAUUGUACACACAAUUUCCAAGCAUAUGAGUCUUCCUUUUCUCACGCGCCUGCCGGACCCCAAGCUCAAGCUCUGCGUCGACUUUGUGAACAGGUUUGCGGAGGGUGUCGUCGACCAGACCAUGUCGAGUGAGGAGAAGACCUCAGCCGGCGGCAAGAAGAAGUAUAUCUUCCCGACCGAGCUGGCCAAGAUGGGCUUGUCGCAGAAGCAGAUCCAAAUCGAGGUGAUCAACAUUAUGUUCGCCGGGCGUGACACUACUGCCGCACUGUUGAGUCUUAUAUGGUGGUAUCUAGCCAAGCGGCCUGACAUUGUGUCCAAGAUACGGAAUGAGCUUGAGCCCCUCGGCUCUCGUGCUCCCACGACUGAGGAGGUGAAGAAGUUGCAUUAUCUGAAGAACGUGGUCAACGAAGUGUUACGCCUGCAUCCCAUUAACCCUCUCAACUCCCGGACAGCCAUCCGUGACACAACGCUGCCUCGAGGUGGCGGUCCUGAUGGCCAAUCACCCGUUUUCAUCCGCAAGGGACAGCAGGUCAUGUUCACCUCAUCCGGCUUACAGCGCAGGCCGGAUCUGUAUGGAAAUGACGUGAUGGAGCUAAAGCCUGAGCGAUGGAACACCCUGAAGCCUACAGCAUUUGAGUACAUCCCCUUUGGAGGCGGUCCGCGCAUCUGCCCCGGUCAACAUCUCGCACUCCUGGAGGCUUCGUAUUUCACUGUGCGUCUUCUACAGGAGUUCCAGUCUGUGGAGCCGCUCAACGAGGGACCUUUCCAGGAGGCGUUUGCCAUCCUGGUAACCAGUGGCGAUGGUGUCCGCGUGCGGUUUAGCAGGACUAAGUGAAGUAUACUUACUGAAUAGCAAAACUAAUGAGGCGUGGGAGGACAAGAGACAUAAUAU